CAUAACACAGGGGUAAGAAGACACAGAGGGGGCUAUUGUGGCUUUCCUAAGAUCCCCAAAAGAUCUAUUAUCCUUAAAAGAGAUCUCCCAUCCCCCUUGGCUGCAGGCUUGGUGUUGUCACACCCUCUGUCCACCUCCAGGCAGAAGGUAACACAUCCCUGUGUGCAGAGAAGGAACUCGCUGCAACAUGUAGCAACUGCUCAUCUGCUCAGAGAAAUUCUUUUUAUUCCACCUCCUACUCUCUAUUUGUGAAUUCACUGGAUCCCAGUCCUUUCCUGCACUGAUGAUCGCCUAAAAGUGAUGUGAAAUCCCACUGCACUGUUUCUCCCGAUGGCACAUGGAUGUCCCUUCUCUGCCUUGGCUUUUUUUUUUCUCCCUACAAACGGAAAUAGCUUUUUUUUUUUUUUUUUUAAGGAUUGGAUUCCUGGGGCUCUGACUUCUUACAUCACAGGGGAAGUUUGACAUGUUUUUAUCUGUAAUCAGCAUAGUGGGGUUUUUACUUGUUUCCUGUGCAUCUUGAUCCUUUUCCAGCUGCAGCAGAACUUUGAAUGCCUCUGGAUACUCAGAAGUGCAAAUUUGAGUUUUACAUUUGGAAGUUGAUUUAUCUUUACACAGCGAUGUAGAAAAAUGUGAACUCUGGGACAGACUUGGGCAAAAUAAUCGGAAUAUUGGCACCGUGCACAGUCAGCGUUGAAUCUUCAGGCGGAUCACUGCCGGGGAUUUUGCUCCAGUCUUUUUCAUCAUGGCACUGAAAGCUCGAGCUCUGUACAGCUUCCAGAGUGAGAACAAAGAAGAAAUAGACAUCCUGGAGAAUGAGGAGCUACGUCUGUUAAGUGAGGUUUCGCUGGAUGGGUGGCUUCAGGGCACAAAUACCCGUGGUGAGACUGGGCUGUUUCCAGCAUCAUAUGUUGAAAUCAUUCAACCACCCCGUUCUGGAUCUGUACAAGUAGACUACCCAGCACACCAUCAAAGUUAUCCAGAUACUACACAUCAUGGGAGCUACGAUGAUGAUGAGGAGGAUGAUGAUGACUGGGAUGAAUGGGAUGAUGGACAGUCUGUUGCAGAAGAACCAAGUGGUCCAAAUGGUGUCCCAUACAAUCAGCCACCACACCACCAUAACCCAAGACCUGAAUAUACCCACCGACCACGGCCACAACUGGAACGCCAGGACAGUGUGGCAGGUGCAAAAAGGGGCAGUGUUGUGGGGAGGAACUUAAACAGGUUCUCUAGCUUUGUAAGGUCAGGCGUUGAGGCCUUUAUACUUGGUGAUGUGCCACAGAUGGGCAGAGUGCCUGAAACUCAUCUUAUUGAAAUGGGACCUAUGGGUCCGCAGUGGCGGGAAGAUCGUAAUGCAUUCAGUUGCUCUGUGGAGGAACCCACCAAACAGACAAAGUUCAAAGGAAUUAAGAGUUACAUUUCCUACAGGAUUACACCAGGGCACACCAACUCUCCAGUUUACCGAAGAUACAAGCAUUUUGACUGGUUAUACAACCGGCUUCUGCACAAGUUUACAGUAAUCUCUAUUCCACACUUGCCCGAAAAGCAAGCUACAGGACGUUUUGAAGAAGACUUCAUCCAAAAACGUAAACGCCGUUUGAUCCUGUGGAUGGAUCACAUGACCAGUCACCCUGUCCUUUCCCAGUAUGAUGGUUUUCAGCACUUCUUAACCUGUCGGGAUGAGAAACAAUGGAAGGCGGGCAAACGGCGUGCUGAGAAAGACGAGAUGGUGGGUGCCAGCUUCCUACUGACUCUGCAGAUGCCUACUGAACACCAGGACCUGCAGGAUGUGGAAGAACGUGUGGAUGCCUUCAAAGCCUUCUCAAAAAAGAUGGACGAGAGCGUUCUACAGUUAAGCGGUGUGGUCUCUGAACUGGCACGUAAACACAUGGGUGGCUUUCGUAAGGAGUUUCAGAGGCUUGGAAAUGCUCUUCAGGGUCUUAGUCAUUCCUUCCAGCUAGACCCGCCGUAUGGUACAGAACCACUUGUUGGUGCUAUCGCUCACACAGGGCAAACUUAUGAAAAGGUCGGGGAGAUGUUUGCUGAGCAACCCAAGAACGAUCAGUUUCGAUUUCUCGAUACCCUGUCUCUGUACCAAGGAUUGCUGUCUAACUUUCCAGACAUCAUCCACCUACAGAAAGGAGCAUUUGCUAAGGUGAAGGACAGCCAACGAAUGAGCGACGAAGGGAAAAUGGAGCAGGAAGAAGCGGAUGGAAUCCGGAAGAGGUGCCGCGUAGUGGGAUUUGCUUUGCAAGCAGAGAUUAAUCACUUUCACCAGAGGAGAUUGCUAGACUUCAAGCAGACAAUCCAGCAUUAUAUAAAGGAACAGAUUGUCUUUUAUCAGAGAGUCGGCCAGGAGUUAGAGAAGACUUUACAGUUGUAUGAAAACAUGUGACACCGUCUCCUAUUUUUGGGUAUUUGCCUUGGGUUUAAUUUUAGCCAACAACCGGUUUGGCAUUGUUCAGCGGAUACAUUCCUGAUAACAAACGCCAUCUUUUUUUAUUACCGUGUACACACCCUGGUGCCUUUUACAAUGAAUGGGACUAACUAAAAUUGAUGGAAUAUAGUGGAUAUCUUUUACGUUUUGAAAGACUGAGAAAAACUUUUUAAAUAAAUGUGAUUAUUAGCAGGUGUUAAUAUUGCUAAAUAUAUAUGUUUGACAAGGUGCUGCUGUUUAUGUAAAAGAGCAAAAAUAAAUCAAAGCUUUAUCCUAUAUUUCUAGAGGUCAACUAUUUACCAUGGAGGAUAUAAGGGAUUACUGACAAACUGUUAGGAUCUUACUUGUAGUUACAACGUCAUUGGGAAUGAAGUGUAAUCAUCACUUACCGCCAUUUUGUGAGGUAAAAUAGCAUUCAGCUACAAUCAUUUCACAUGACUAGAACCUGAGGACCUCCUGUAUAAAAACUGGAUUGAAGGAUGGUGAAGGAGUUGCCCAUAGCAAACAGUCGUUCUGGCUGUACGUUUUCUAAUGCAGGUUA